UUUGCUUUCGUAGGCAAUUUUGCUUUGUACAAGUGAUUGAAAUUGAAAAUUAUCAGGUUUUAUGAUUUUAUCUAGCAAAUGCGUGUAAAUUUACGGCAUGUUUCUUAACUUUAAAUAGAAAAAUUAGAUGCCCAAAUUUAUAAAAUGGAUUUGGAGUCGUGUGAUGCUGGGAGUUUUUACGGAAACUUCGACAGACUAUUGCCAUCAUCCGAUAAUUAUUCACUCGAUGAUAUUGAAGAAAUUCUACGUUCUACCGAUUCCCAUCUUGAUUCUUCCAUUGACUUGAACAACCUUACGCCCCAUAAUGUACAUGAUUUUGAAAUACCAUAUAAAGUGGAACUUAAUGAUUUAUCAUCGCAAUCUGUACCAACGCUUAAUGAAUUCAACUUUGGCUUGCCCUUAAGUUCCAGUGAGCUUGCCAGCCCUGCAACAUGCACACCUGCGUUUAAAUUAGAGCGUACCUCAUCAGUUUCAUCUAUGGAUGAAGACAGUUUUAAUCCCGAUGAGUUUAUAAAUUUUUUCCGCAAAGAUGACGACAUAAAUAUGGAGUUUCUUAACCAGAAUGAGUUGCGACAACGCAAUAAUUCCUCCCCCACCGGGAGUUGCAGCAGUUCAGGAGGCAGUUCAACGAGUGGUGUGCAGAGUGAUGUCUCAUCAGUUGCUUCGCGCUCGCAAACUUAUAUGGAAAUUAACUCGCACGCAGAUUCAGAAAAUAAUAUCCGCGACAUAGCCUGCAACGAAAGUGAGGCAGCAUCUGCAAUUGAAAUUAAACAAGAGGACACUUUUGAACCUAUAAACGUAUUAUCACCAACAGUUGAACAACAACAAACUAUACUCUUACCGGCUGCAAACACAAAUAAUGUUAGUAUAUCCACCGUGCCGGUAAUUAUGCCAGUAGUUCCAAUGAACACUGCUACAACGCACGCGGUUCCCACAUCUGCUGGGUCUCUGCAGCCGGUGCAGCAAGUGCAGCCCAUCAGUGUGCUGUCGGGUACAUUAAUUCCUGUGAAGACGCUACCCUUAAAAACAAUAACGCAAGUGAGCAGCAAUGCUAAAUCCACGGCACCAAUUAAAAUUGGCCCGAAGUUGGCACCGAAAGUAAACGUCAACAACGCCACUAAUACUAUUAAAACAGCUCUUGCUCCCACAGCGAAUGCCUCCAAAAUCGUUCCUCCCGUUAAUUCCAAGCCAAAAACGGUAUUUCUUACAAUGAAUGAUUAUAAAGCAUUAACCCAAGUAAAUGGGAAAGGUGGAAAAAGCGUUGGAACAACAGCACCAAAAAUUAUAUUGAAAACGGCAAGUGGAAAAGUAAUAACUGCUAAUAAAAUUGUGUCGUCUGGUAAUGGCGCAUUAGGUGUACAUCAUAACUUUGUACCAAAAAUAGUUAAAACAAUCAACGGGCCAGUGGUUGUUAAGCAUCAAUCAACAAAAAAUACGCAUGGAGGGAACUGUACUAUUGGAACAGCUGGAAAGGCGUCCAGUAAUGCCGGCCCUACCAGUCUUAGCGUUUAUAAGGGACUCAUUGAUGAAAAAAUGUGGAAGAAACAGCAGCGUAUGAUCAAAAAUAGAGAGUCCGCGUCGUUGUCGCGUAAAAAGAAAAAGGAAUACGUUGUUUCACUUGAGUCGCGUAUUAACGACUUGGAGAAGGAAAACUGUACAUUGAAGGGAGAAAAUUCAUCACUGCGAUCCCAAUUGGUUGCUUUGGCACAAUCUUGCCAGUGCAAGAAUAGCAACAUCAGUGAGUUCGUGUUGAACACAUUGGAUAUCAACAAAAAAAGUUGCGCCAGCGAUCAACAUGUGAAAAUCGGUUCGAAGCCAACCAUCAGAAGUCUAAAGCAACGAAUGACAGCCGCUAACAUCAAAAAGAAUAUAGCCAUUCUAUUUGCUAUGGCUUUCAUGGUAUCUAUGAAUGUCGGCAAUUUCCAGAAUUAUAUGAAUAAAAAUUCAAUUGACAAUUCGAUUGAGUCGGCUGCUGCUUCUGCUGACGAGCCCAUCUCCACAAACCGACGGUUGCUUUGGGCCGAAACAGAAAGUGAAUUUAAGCAGAAGUUGAAUAACUCCAAACGAGAAACUGAAAUGGAUGUGCCACCACUACAUUUCUUACAUCCAGUAAAUCGCUCCAAGGCGGCAGUGGCAAGUGAACAAAAUGGGAAUGUAGCAACCAAGGAACUGCCGUUGGUAUCCGAUGCAAAUAAAUGUGCUAGCGGCUCAAAUCACACGGAAAAUCAUCGCUUGCAUAGCAAUUUGCAUAAGUGGAUAGAUGUAAACGAUUAUUUGAACUUGAGCUUGUAUGAGAAACACGGAACCCCCUUGGACAAUGCGCUACGAUUUGGAAAAUUUUCAUCGCCCUAUUUUGACGGGAAACCAUUGCAACUGCCUCUACAAGAGGCUGUGCCACCGAUAAGAAUGAAACGUAAAAUAAUCGUGGCACCACCAUCAUUGGUACACAAUAAACAAGCAAAACUGGACACGGCACAAGCAAAUGGAAUUGAUAAUAAGUUUGAAUCUGAGCACGAAAAAAACUCUCUGGAAAUUUUCAAGCCAAAAAUUAGCGAGGAAUACCUACGUCUGUUCAAGGGCAUAAAAAGGCAAGACGAUACAUUUUAUGUGCUAUCGUUCAACAUGGAUCACAUAUUGCUACCUGCUUCAGCCUACAACAAGAGUGCGCGCCCGAAGAUGACUUUAAUGCUACCUGCAGGCGAUCCAGCAAUCAAUGGCGACAUAGUGCUAAUGCAAAUUGACUGCGAAGUGGUCAAUACAACUGAGUUGGAGCUGAAAUCAUUUAUGAUACCGGAAAAACUACGCCCACAAAAAUUUGGUAAUGGCAAUGUCCAUCCAAUGCCUAAUCCAAAUGACAUGGUAAACAAUGAAACACGCACUAGGGAAGAGCAGCGCAAAGAAAAGGGCGCCAUCCCUGCGAUGCCCAAACAAAAAUCACCACCAAAAACUUAUUAUAUGUUGGGCCCCCGUUCGGCAGCUGCAGCAGCUGCAAUGAAGAAGAAGCCGACACUCGUAAGAUUGGGUAGCCACGAAAGCAUUGAGAACAUCACGAUGAGUGCUUCAAAUAGUUCGACUAUUUUUCAAAAAAUCCAUAACACCGUGGGAUGAUAUAGUAAUAUUUUAAAGAAAAAUCGGGUAUAAAAUGCCUAUGCAAUAACUGUGUCAGUUGUUAUGACUCAUUUAUACAAUAGUUAAUUAUAUGAUGACAUAAUAUAUUAAUAUUUAAUAUUUAAAUAUCGGCGAAAACAUUGCUCAGCAUUUACAUUUAUAAACGUAUGUACAUACCUUAAUGUAUCCCUGGUGAGUUUAUUCACCAAUAAGUGUAAAAGUAUUUAAGGACAAUGCUGCUCCACAUGACAAGAGCAAGGCAAUCGUGUAUGGUUGAUUUACAAUUGUGUUAGUUUAUUGAUUUUCUGCAUAUCUUUUUCAAAAUCUAAUUCAUUUCAAAGUUUGCUUUGCUUGUUGUUAUGCUUUCUAAUACAUAUACAUAUUUAAUAUGUAUGUAUGUAUAUAAAUGAUAGAUUAACUUUUUAUCGAUGAUACAUUUGCAGAUUAGGCUAAUAUUUUAUUUUUUAGUAUUUAAGCAGUUAGAAAUUUAUACAUAAUGGAAUAUACAUACAUACACACCGGUUUGUGCCGUUCUUAUCAUUUGUUGUAACGAGUUGCUUGCAUAUUCGUACCAUUCACUUUCCUAUAGUUAAAUUUUCUAUUGGCUUUGAAUAUAUAAUAUUAUUAUACAUAUAAGAAUGCAAUUUUGGAACUUAUCGUAAGUUGUAUGAAUCAAUACCUGAUUUUGAUUUAAUAAAUAUAAUAUUUUCAAAAACAA